GCCUGGAUGAGGAAGUGAGCGGAAUGCAGCAGCUGCGUCGAUGAGGAAGCGCCAGACAGAGAGACAGACAGACAGACAGACAGACAAUCCAGCUGUUUCCAGACUAGCAUAGCGGAUAGAACGCGUGUGGAUUAAUCAUCAUGUCGAAGAACACCGUCUCCGACCGAUUCCGUAAAGUGGAUGUGGAUGAAUACGACGAGAACAAGUUUGUAGACGAGGAGGAUGGAGCAGAGAACCAGCUGGGUCCGGAUGAAGCAGAAGUAGAUUCCCUCAUCAGACAAGGGAACCUCAUGGACGCGUUGCAAGCAGUGCUGAAAAACCCACCGAUCAAUACGAAGAAUCAGAACGUCAAGGACCGUGCUGAGGGGCUGGUUCUGAAAGUGCUCAGUUCCUUCAAGACAAGCGACAUCGAGAAGGGAGUGCAGUCUCUGGAUAAGAACGGCGUGGAUCUGCUGAUGAAGUACAUCUACAAGGGCUUCGAGCAGCCGUCGGAAAACAGCAGCGCCAUCCUGCUCCAGUGGCACGAGAAGGCUCUCUCUGCAGGAGGCGUGGGCUGCAUCGUCAGAGUACUGACUGCACGGAAAACCGUCUAAACGCCGUCUGCUCCACGCCGCCGACGGAAACCACAGGAGGGACGCGCCGCCUGCCUGUACAUUCAGAACAAAGACGAGAUUUUUACAAAGGUGCUGCGAAACAACUCCCAUCCCACUUCGCUUUCUUUCUCUCCACCUCAGUCUGCCUCUUACGCUCAUUCCCUCUGCAUCGCUCAGACAGACAUGUACGUGCGUACACGGGCCAUCGACCUUUACGAUCCUCUUAGCUUCUCUCAGGAAGGCUUCGCACCUUACGUAUUCAAACAGUGCAUUACAAUUUGAAAUCUGUUUUUGCCAUUCAAAAAAAAGAUUUAAACGUUCGUUACAUCUCCUUGUGUCAGAUUAGUUAGGGUUAAUAUGUUACAGUAGCACCAAGCUUCCAUCUGUUGCAGCUAUUUCAGCCCUUAAUGCUGUAUUCACUCUUUAAACAACCAAAGGGCAUUGGCUGCUUAUGACACACAUGAAUACAUUAAUAGCAUAAUGCAGGCACAUUAUAACCUUCUGAUACUGCCUUCUUUUGGACAGUUCUUCUGCACCGCUGGGAAUUAUUCUCAGCAAAACAUUUCUUCCUGUCCAGGGAAUGACCAUUAAUCCUGUUCUUGUCUAUAGUACUAACGCUCACUUUGUUUAUAUUACGUCUUAAAGGGGCAUUCCAGAAUAGUUAUGUUAUUUUGUAUUACUAAUCCGUAGUGCUGUAACGCGUCUCGUACAGCUCAUCAGAGACUGCAGAUCUGGUAUGGAAUCAUUACGUCUUCAUCAACCAUUCAUUAAUGCUUAUGGACCUCGUGAGUUUUUUUUUUGUUUUGUUUUGUUUUUUUUUUUACAUCAAACAGAAUUCAUUGGAAGAAUAUGGAACGUACCCAGAUGUGCGAAAAUCAUGGUUCUUGAGCUGCUGUGGAAAUUAAGACACAAAUUUGGAAACUUACAGUUACAGAUAUUCUGCUGUCAGUUAUACACGGUAUUUAGUUGCUAAAUCUGUCGUCUUUAGACGUUCAUUAAUUUUAUGCAUUAAUGCAGCCGCUGAAAUGUCUAGAGCAUUUUCCUUUUAAUAAAUUACCAAGAACACACACAGACUCUCACACGCUCUCAUUAUGGAAAAAGUAGGAACCCUGAGACAGGAAGAGUCAAAUGCUAAUAGGUGUUAAUACACCAGAAAAUCAUUAGGUCAUUAGGUUUUUGUUUCAUGAUGACAGACAGAUUUAAACCAGUGUUUGGGAUAUCCUUAGACUAUUCAAAAGAUGAAUUUAACAGCACCCUCAUGUGGUCUCUGAAGACCACGUCAUGGCUGUCAGAGGCGAGCAGCCAGGUUUUUAAACACAUCCAUCAAUGCAUAUUUUUAUUUCGUGCCUGGAAUGUCUCUUAAGCACUUACUGCCAAUUAAAAAAAAAAAAACAA